CACAGAGGACUCCUGCUCCCCUUGUGAGAGGAGGGGCAUCGUAGGCUGUUCCCGGCACGCCACCAGCUGCAGCUGGCAAGCUGAGAGGAAGGAAAGGAAGAAAGAGAAGUAGUUAGCUCAAAUGUGCCUCGCUCUGCUGCCGGGGCGCGGGGGCUUGGCUGGAAGGAUCUAGUUUCUCUUCGGUGGCAGGAAAAGGAGCCACAGGAGGAGGCAGAGACGGACACCCAGACAUGCCCGUCCCGUCAGGCUGCUGGCUCCUUCUCCUUUGCCUCGCUGCCUCUGGCAAACAGCUGUCACUACAAAUCACUCCGCCAUGUGAAAGCGAACAACACUAUGAAUACUCUGGACGGUGCUGCACAAAGUGUGAGCCAGGAAAGUAUUUGUCUGCUAGAUGCACUGGUACUUCUGAUAGCGUGUGCCAGCCGUGUGGCCCAAAUGAGUAUAUGGAUGUCUGGAAUGAAGAAGAUAAAUGCUUACUACAUAAAAUAUGUGAUCAAGGGAAAGCUUUGAGAGAAGUGAACCCAGGGAACAGCACAUUCCAACGGCAGUGUGCUUGUACAGUGGGCUACCACUGGGAUGAAGACUGCGACUGCUGUCAGCGAAAUACCAUGUGUGCUCCAGGACUCGGAGUCAAGCCUCCUGUGCAACAAGACAAGGACACAUUGUGCAUACCAUGCCCCAGAGGCUACUUCUCAAAGGUGUCUUCAUCCACCGACGAGUGUAAACCCUGGACCAACUGUACAGCUUUAGGAAUGACAGAAAUCAUGUCCGGGACUGACAAGUCUGAUGCAGUUUGCACAGAACGGAAGAUGUCUGAGCCAUCAGAAGACGGAACAAACAGGAUCUUAUAUGUGUUGAUUGUCAUCUUGUUUUUUGUGACACUAAUUGGCAUCGUUGUCUUCAUUGUGUACUACAAGAAUAGGGGGAAAAAGCUAACAGUAGAUCUACAGAACUGGGCUAAUGAAGUGUGCAGCCAAAUAAAAGGAACAAAGGAGCCCCCUAGAGGUGCGUUUGUUACUGUGAACAUCACAAAUGCUGCUGUACCCCAGAUCUCUGAAGGCACAUGUCUCCUGGGCCCCUAUGGCUCUCCUGUCCCUGGAAACUCAAGCUGCACCAGUGGUCCCACUCCAUGCAGGGAUGGGAGCCCCAACACAGAGCCAUGUGAGACAGGAGAUUUUUCUGUGGGAAGUGAGACUGAUGAUUACCAUUUCCCACCAGUUCCCACGGAAGAUGAAUACACAGAUAAGGAUCUCAAUAACACUGAUUAUUUAUCUUUACUAAGUCAGACUGCCAGUAAAACCGUGUCAUCAUUUUCAGAACCAAUGGAGGCAGGGGAGAAUGACAGCUUUUCAGGGAUUGGGAGCACAGAGGACGUAUCAGUCUCUCAAGGAUUUCUCCCUCCAUCCAACACAGAUGGGGCACACAUUGCCAAGGACCAGCUUCUUCAGAAAUCUUGCCAACAUGCCCACGGUUGCCUGAAGGAAACGGGCAACAAAGAGACAGAUGGCUUUGCAACAAACUGUGACUCAGAGAAGAUCUGUGUGAGGUGUGGCAUUUCAUACAGGGAAUCUCCACAAAAGUGGAACAAACCUCGUUGUGCUGUGGCUGACAGUACCUUCACCUCCCCAGAAACUGGCUCCUGUGCACAGUGCACCUGUGGUUUGAAUUUUCUCUCUGCUGGUCAGAGCACUUUAGGAAAUGAUCAUGGUUUGGAAGAUGCAUCUUCAGAUAGUUCCAACAAGAAGUACCAAAACACAAACAGAAGCACUUCAGGGACACACAGAAGCACUUCAGGGACAAACAGCAGCACUUCAGACCUCCCUCCAGCAUCUGGAAAUGUGACUGGAAACAGUAACUCCACCUUUAUCUCAAGUGGACAAGUAAUGAAUUUCAAGGGCGACAUCAUCGUUGUCUACCUUAGCCAAAACUCUCAGGAGGGGACAACGGCCUCUGGGCCGAACGAGGAGAACGUGGGUAGCCCCGUGCAGGAAGAAAACCUUAGCCGCUGCGAGACUUUUGCCGGCAAUGCCCAGCACUACAAGGAGAAGUGUGCAGAGCUGCAGGGUGCCUCCCCAGCCCCAGGGAGUGGGGGGCCACGGUGGCCUGGUGUAGCCCUGGCCCAGGAGCGUGGCCCGUCCUGCUGUGGACAAGCCUCACAGCCCGUGCAGGAGGAGGGGAAGCUGGGACACUUCUCGGAGAAGGUGUUGAACUGAAGGGAAACGGUGUCCUCACUGCGGGCCAGGGCGCUGACAGGCAGCCCUUGAUGGGGCGUGGGGCUGCCGCCGCACUGCCAAAAUCCCAGGUGUCGUGACAGACUGGGAGACUGUUGCUGCCCCUGGUGUCUCUUGGGAAAUUUUACAGCUGGAAAGGACCCUUGUGACAUACAUGCCAGUGGUGGUGGUGCUCUCACUGAGGAGGUGACGGAUGGGGACAGGCGCACACGUGAAGCUGGGCGCUCUGCCCGCACAUCGCAGAAGCAGCAACAGAGCUUUCUCCUCUCCCCCAUGGGGCGAUGGGCUCCCUUCCUGACCCUCAUUCCCUGGCACCUCUCCCUGGCAAGCGGCAAAAGGGAGUUAAGAUCCUUUGGUCUAGGGACUCUGUGAGGAGGAGAACACUGCUGGUCGGGUGUGCAGGGCGCUCCCAGAGAGGGAACAACAUGGCAGAGGACCAGACUCAUGGGGACCCUGAGCGCUGCCUUGGGGUUUUCUUUUUGCAACUAAGCUGUACCCAUUUUGCUGGGUCUUGGGCCUCUGGUGGUGGAAGGAAGCUGUGGUGCCACUGCCAGCCUUUGCCUCCCUGUGGUGAUCUGGCUGGUGACAUCAGCCCUUUCCAUCUUUCCCCAAGGAAGCAGAUGCUCCAGUCUCAAACCAGUGCCAGAGCCAAGAUCCUGAUCUGCCCUUUAUUAACAUGUGGGUAUAAAUAGCUGUGUGUGAUGCUGCCACAAGCAGAUGAUAACAGGCAAAAUAGAGCUGAUAUGCCUUAAAAGCAUAUCAGAUUAAUCUCAAGCAAAGAGCAUUUAUAGUGACCCUGAUUCACCUCUGCCUUAUUGCACUUUGUCAGUGGAGUUCAAACCUCUGGAGAUGAGAGUGAUGCGUGCCUGGUAUGCUGCUUCAGGAAUAACAUUGCUAUAGUUUAAGACACAUUGCUGGUAGCAGGUGGAGGAAGGGUCUGUGAUAACCAGCUGUGUGUAUUUCCUCAGUGACAGAAGAGGGAGGAGUUGCCCAAAGAUGGAGAAUUUGAUCAGGGUCAAACACAUGUUCCUUCAUCUGCUCAAACAAUUUUGUCAUUCCCUCUGAUAUUUUCAUUAAUAAGAAGAUACUUAUUUAGGUAGCAUGAAGCUAUUGCCAGAACUUGGCCUGUAUGAGCUGAAGUCAUAGUAUAGCCACUGUCACACUGAGAACUGAUGAGCAAUGGGACCAAAGGUUUGGCAUUAAAGAAUAAUAGUAGUUGUGUUUAGAAGGGAGUGUCGGCUACUCAAUUGGCUUUGGUUCAGGUCCAGUAUCCUUAAGCCUCCUCCAGCAGCCACUGUGGAGAAAAAGGUGAAGGGAACAGAGUCUCAAGGAACUCUCAAGAGAAAAGUAUAAGAUUUUUAAUGAUUUUCUGACAAGAGGAAAUGUUCUGACAUUCUGCUGCAUAUAUGAGCACUGCAGGAACCUAUGUGCAGCCUGAGCCUUCAGGAAGGCAAGUGCUGUGUUUCCUGCCAGACAGCAAAGGGAUCUCUUAUCUAGUGUAGUUUUGGCUUCCCUGGUGGAAAAGGUCUCUGGUAGGGAAAGCUCCUCCCCAGGAAGGUUUAAAAGCUGAGGUUCACUGUAUAGCUGCUCUAUUUGCUCUAUGAGGGAAGAGUACCUAUAAAGCUGACAAGGUGACCACUGUCAUGAUGAGCUUCUCAUGCAUAAAACAAAAAGAUGCACUUAGCCACCUUCACCCCUCAGGAGAAUAAUUCUGCAUUGCUUAUAUACCUGGGAUGUAAAGUUCAUUAUAAAGGCAAGACUCUCUCUUGGGUGGCUGACAAAAAGUGUGCAUGAGCAACCAGUCUUGUGGCCUUCAUAAAACUAGACUACCCUAGCUUAGACUUAGCCAGGCAGGUAGAUUCAGUGAUGGCCCAAGCUACCUCUGCUUCUCUGAAGGCCUGUGGCUGAGGCUCUCUUAUCUGUGGUAUUCUUUGUCUUUCCUGCUGGAUCUUUUAUAAUCUCUUUCUAGUCUCCUCUGGAGUAACUCUCUAUCCCCUAGGCACUGGUGUAACAGGGACAAGGCAGCAGAACCCCCUUCAGGCAAGGUGGUGCAGCUAUUUUCCCACUUCAUCUUAAUUUUUUCAGUUGUAUUUUCCUGGAAAGCAUUCUCCAGGACAUCAGUCCUGCUGGAAAGCAUUCAACCAGCCCCAUUUACAGGGCAGGUGGGACUGAAUUCUUGUGCUCAUCUCUGGGUAAACUACCUGUCUGAAAGUCUCUCUUCUCCUCCCUCUGGAGCUUCUUUCUUCCUUUGGUUUGUAUCCACCACCAGAGACCAGAGAGCUCAAAAUCCUGGUUUGAGAGGAGACAAUGGGAAUUUACUACGUGUCCUCAAUGAGGACACAUUUUUUUUACUCACUAAAUUUCAGGUUCCUACUGAGCAAGGAUUGAAACUGGGAUCAUCAGCAAGCAUGAAGAAAAGGUCCUGUAUGGAAAAUGUGAUGCACCAAGAGGUCCAAUUCUUUUUCUUCCUCCAGAGUCUACUCAAAAGUGAAGAAACAAUAUCACAGCCAUCAGCAUGCUGCAUGCUCCCUGGGUCUCUGCCUGACUGCUUAGACAUGGAUCCCAAAGGGACUUCUUUAUCCUCGUGAUUUCUUUUUUCAUCAGUUUGGAGCUGGGGCUGGUUUUAACAUCUGUUUGUACAACAGGGACCUAUGCAUUGGGCACUAAUUUGGAGGCUUCUGGCUGCUAUUGUAAUACACAUAAUUAAUGAUAAUAAAAAUCUGAAAGAUU